AUGGCGCAGCUGGACGACAGCCAGCUUGCCGCGACGAACUCCGACGCCUUGCACAACCCAUCCAGCAGCGACGGUCUCGAGCGGGCAACACUCUACGCAGAGUCUUGUCGUCGCUUGGGAUUUCCUGUCGAGCCGGCCAUUGCAGUAUGGCUACGACUCGGUGGAUCAUGCCUUCAGGUGCCGUGGGAGAGCUGCCUGCUCCCGGCCUGCGACUUCUUGGCCGAAAGCUCGAGUCUGCAGCAGCUCGGAUUCCGAGCAUCCUAUGCGCCACGAGGAACGGGCAAUGCAAAUGCGAGAGUGCUGCGGUACAUCCUGGAGCGGAACACCUCCUUGGAGGUUCUGGACUUGGGCCACGCAGGAAUUGACAGCGAUGGCAUCGCUGACAUUUGCAAGGGCCUGCGGCAAAACAAGACCCUGAAGAGCCUGAGCUUGAGGGGAAACUACCUCGGCCCGAAGGGGGGACAGCUUUUGGCUGAGAUGGUCGAUGAGCUGCUGCAGCAAGCUGGACCGGGAGGAUCCACCAGCCUUCGCAUGUUGGACAUCUCAGCUUGCUCCAUUGGCUCCGGUUGCGUUCGCCAUCUUGCGCAGGUGACUGGGCUGAAGUCCAUUUAUUCCCGGACAAUGGCUUCAUCCCAGCAAGGAGCACCAUCGGUGAAUGUGGCGGACAACUUCGAAACGGAAGAGCUGUGGAACGCGAUCACGCACGGCAUGAUGUUCUUCUUGUCGCUCUUUGGGACCGGCCAGCUCUUGUACCAGGCGGCCGACAGCCCGGUUCACCACAUCUGGGGCAUUGCGAUCUUCGGAUUUGGCCUGCUCUUUUGCUUCGGGUCCUCCACCUUGUACCAUUCCCUGUUCAUGUACCCGGUUACUGCGCGGGUCCUGCAGGUGCUGGACCAUGCUGCAAUUUAUUUUCUCAUCGCUGCAACGUACACGCCUUUCCUGCUCUUCUACUCGGAUACGCCGAUGCAUGGUGACCUGCUCAAAGCAGAGUGGAUCCUGUGCUGGCUGGGCAUCGUGACACACAUCUGCUCUCAGUAUUUUGACUGGGGUACAUCUGUUCCAUACCUGACGGGCGAGCUGCUGCUUUACCUGGCCAUGGGCUGGGCGGCCGUUUUGGCCUGGGAUACUUUCAUGGCCCAGCUUCCACAAGCCUGCUGGUCUUGGCUCAUGGCUGGGGGGCUUCUCUACACGGCGGGAGUGCCCUUCUUCGUGCUCGCAGACAAUCGGCCCAUCUACCACGUGAUUUGGCAUCUCUUUGUGGCUUUUGCGGCCAUUUGCCACUGGUUCGUCCUACCCUCGGCCCCAGCUCCUGCCAGUGAUUUCUUGGGCUUUGGGAUUUAG